UACACGAAAUCGCAGGUUCUCGUGGAAAAAUCAAAGAUAAAAAAUAUCGAUAGAGAAUAAAAGGACGACUUAUUAUCGUAGUUUAUAGGUUUGAACGAUGCCAAAAAAGUGUUUGAUACGUGAUGCUGUUCCCGAUGAUUGCCCAGCUGUUUUACAGUUGAUUAAGGAUCUUGCUGCAUUUGAAGAAAAACCAGAAUCAGUUGUCGAAAUAACUCCUGAAAUUAUAGAACAUGAUUGUUUUGGCAAGGAUAAGUGGUGUUAUUGUCUGGUUGCUGAGGAGGAGACAGAAGAUGAAACAAAGAAAAUAGUUGGCUAUGCGAUGUUCAACCAUGCUUAUUCUACAUGGAAGGGUCGCAUGUUGUAUUUAGAGGAUAUAUAUGUUGCACCUAGUGCAAGAAAGAAGGGUAUAGGAAUGGCUUUCCUCACCAAAUUAUCAAAGAUAGCAGUAGAGAAGAAGUGUAACAAGAUCAGAUGGUGCGUAAUUGACUGGAAUCAACAAGCUAUUGAUUUUUACAAAUAUAUAGGGGCUGAGGUAGAAGAGGAGUGGAAGCAGGUACAACUGGGAAACAGUGCUAUGCUUAAAUUAGCCAAUAGAACUCUUCCUGAUUCGUAAAACUACCGAGUGUUUCUUGAUGACAGACUGUAGUAAGUAAAGUCACUGUACCACACAGGACAUUGUUCACAUUUCGAAAAAAUUUCACUCUUUUUUGUUAUGUAGGACACUGUUUUGACCCAGAAUACGAACAAUACGAUGUUUACACGAUGGCCUCAUUGACCUAUACUACCAGACUACCUUGCACACUUUCUUUUGUUCAGUUAAUUAGCACAACUGAAUUGUCUUACUAUUCUCAUGAGGGAAUACAAAUUUAAAUAAGAAAGAAAAUUCGCGAAGCAUCUUGGUAGUGGUAGUAAAAAGACGCCAUCAUGCAAACGUCCUAUUCUAUGAAGGAGAUUUUCUUCCGUUUUUAUUAAAAUGUCAUAUAAUGCUAUAAAUAGCUGACA